GUUUAUGGGGAGAAGUUGUCACGCUGCACUUGUCGCAUGAUGGCGCGACAUGUUGGUCACUCGCGUACGCCGGCUUCUCUUCUAUUUGUUCUCGCAGUUUCUCACUUAGCAAAUGCCAACGUAUUGGCGCAAGUCAGUACGUUUGGUCCGAGAAUAAAUUCAAUACGUAUUGCAAAAAAUGAAGAAUUACUUAAAGAAUCGGGCGUCGAUUCUCUCGCGCCUGUUCUCAGGAUCGUCGGUGAGAAUCUCGACAAGGGGCUCGAACUGCGCUGGUCGCCCGACGUAGACCAGUGUCAUCACGAUUAUCCCCUUUCUACGGUCUGGAUAAAUCCAAAUGGACAUGAAGCCUUUAUGAGUUUUGCGAGUGCACCUUCUGUUGAUAUUAAUCCCGUCUACUUCUGCAUUCGGAACGUCACUGGCGAUGGAGAACACUGGACAUUUCUUGGAAGAAAUUUAAUUAUUGAUUCAUUCGCGCUCGAUGGGAACACUCUUCGGCGUAAAAGGAAUGAUUUUGGUUUGGUUUUCGGCGAAGGAGAUGAAUCAGUAUCAGGUAUACCAACACCUGUCGAAGUCAGGAUCGAUGGUUUUCGAGUGGAGCACGCUAGUAAGGAACCUGGUAUCUCUGCGGAUGGCGUGCCCGAGAUCCUGGUCUAUUCGAAUACAACCUUGCGAUUAUUUGGCGUUGGCAUAACGGAGAAGACGCUCAUCGCCUUUACCGAUGUAUCUGGUGAAUAUGGCACGAUAUGCGACAAGAUUAAGACUCAGGAGUUUUCGGUGUUUGCGGUAGGAAAUAAUACGGCUUUAACAAACAUCAUUCUUCCAAAAGGCACAUAUUUUCUAUGUGUGAAGCAACCACAUUCUGAGAAUAAAAACGACAUUGUGUUGUUCAAACAUCAGGGUGCAGCGACUUGGAAAACUAUUGGUACUUACGAAAAACUUUUGCCGGUAUGGCUCAGUAUUGUCUUCAUAUUUCUUUGCUUAUGCAGUUCGGCAUUAUUCUCUGGUCUGAAUCUCGGUCUUAUGGCGCUCGACAGAACUGAAUUGAAGAUUCUGCGUAACACUGGAUCUCCAAAAGAAAGGGAAUACGCAAAGAAAAUCCAACCAGUUCGUAAUCACGGAAACUAUUUACUAUGCUCAAUCUUAUUCUCUAACGUUCUGGUCAACUCAAUUUUCACCGUCAUUCUGGAUGAUCUCACUUCCGGCCUUAUAGCCGUCAUAUGCUCCACACUAGCCAUUGUAGUUUUUGGUGAAAUUUGGCCUCAGGCUAUUUGCAGCAGACACGGGUUAAUGAUUGGUGCUAAGACCAUUCUCCUGACGAAGAUCACGAUGGUCCUCACAUUCCCGUUGAGCUACCCGAUCAGUAAGAUUCUCGACUUUAUUCUCGGCGAGGAAAUUGGCAACGUCUACACUCGAGAACGUCUCAAGGAAUUGGUUAAUAUUACCACCGAGUACAAUGACCUUGAGAAAGACGAGGUGAAUAUCAUCUCAGGGGCUUUGGAGUUACGCAAGAAGACUGUAGCAGACGUCAUGACGCGCAUAGAAGAUGUGUAUAUGUUGGAUUAUAAUGCCAUUUUAGAUUUCGAAACCGUAUCCGAAAUUAUGAAAUCUGGAUUCUCCAGAGUUCCUGUUUACGAGGGAAGCAGAACCAAUAUUAUUACUAUGCUUUACAUAAAGGAUCUCGCCUUUGUCGAUCCGGACGACAAUACGCCAUUGAAGACGCUUUGUCAGUUUUAUCAGAAUCCUUGUAAUUUUGUCUUCGAAGAUGUCACCCUGGAUGUUAUGUUCAAGCAAUUUAAGGAAGGACAGAAAGGACACAUGGCCUUUGUGCAGAGAGUCAAUAACGAGGGAGAGGGUGAUCCUUUCUACGAAGUUAUUGGAUUAGUCACCCUGGAGGACGUAAUUGAAGAACUGAUCCAAGCAGAAAUUAUGGAUGAGACGGAUGUUUUCACCGACAACAGAAGUAAGAGAAGGAGACCGGCUCGUUCGACAAAAUUGCAAGACUUCACUAUGUUUGCUGAGAAGAAGGAGAAUCAACGAAUACACAUAUCCCCGCAAUUGACACUAGCCAUGUUCCAGUAUUUGUCGACGACUGUCGAAGCCUUUAAACCAGACACAAUAUCAGAAACAAUUCUACGCCGUCUGCUGAAGCAAGAUAUUAUAUAUCAUAUUAAAGUAAAGACACGCGAAAAGGCAAAGAACGAUCCAGCAACUGUGAUCUAUCAACAAGGAAAGCCUGUAGAUUAUUUCGUCCUCAUCUUGGAGGGACGUGUCGAGGUCACGGUAGGUCGGGAGAACUUGAUGUUCGAAAGUGGUCCAUUCACGUACUUUGGGUCGCAGGCUCUCACGGCCAAUAUCGGUAUUGCCGAAUCGCCAGUCAAUGCCAAUCCUCAGACCUUGGGUAGCAUACAGUCCAUCAAUUUGGAUGCUAUGCUACGUCACACAUUCGUACCAGAUUACACGGUACGCGCAGUAACGGAAGUCUUCUACCUGAAGGUCAAGAGGUCGCUUUAUUUAGCUGCCAAGAGAGCAACUUUAUUAGAAAGAAGUCAAAAAGAUCCGAAGCCAAGUCAUGAUCAAUUCGACGACGAAGUAGAAAAGUUGCUUCACUCUCUUGACGAGGAUGAGCAGCGCAGCGUCCCAGACUCCCCAAUGUUGCCACGCGAUAAGGACAAAGAUAGUCAAAAUACGCUACAGCGAAACGCAACCGCACCGACCUCACCAGUUCCGGUGAGCGCGAGUCCAAUGACGAAUGCGAAGUUCGUGUCGCCGCGUAGUGAUCAUAAUGGAAAACUCAGAAGUUCCCCAGCCAAGAUGCUCGAUAAUCUACCGAGUCCUCAGGACGGCCAACCUAAAUUAGACAUGGACGCCGAGGUUCUGUCGCGUCAGAAUGAAGCGGCGCGCCUAAUGGCCGGCAAGAAGUCUCUGGGCGACGAAGAAAAAACGAACCUCCUUCCGAAAGAGGAUCACUCUUAACGAUCAGUCAGUGGUCGCGGAACUCCGUGCGGUUCCUCGGCAAACUUUGCUACGAACGAAUCACACAACGAGCAAAACACCGAUUCGCCGGCGUGACACAUAGCCUGAACCUAGCACUAGGUACUUAAUUAAUAACUCAGCGACUUAAUCGAUCGAUCGCCACUGAAAACUCAUCUGGCGAAACUAACUUGACCGUCAAGUUUAAUCAGGAAGGUAGCCGCGUACAUUUAAUUCAAUUCUUACCAAUGAUCUGCGUGGGAUGCUGUACGGUGGUCCACUCUUACGUAUUUUAAUCGACUCUCUCACUUUUUUUCAUGAAUCACAAAACACGUAUGCGCAAUACUCCAUUAGAUACGCUAGUUACUCUCAUUCGUCAUCAUAAGUGAAAAGUUUCACUCAGGGAAUAGCAUGCCAAAAGAAGUUUGAAGGAAAUAGAGAACACUGUCCCUUAUGCAGCAUAUACUUUGUGUUGUUCGUAGCAUUUAGCAAUUUAAAAAAAAUGUUUUCCUCAUCGCCCCUGUAAGCGCAAUUUGGCAGUUUUACUUGAAAGGAGAGGGUAGAGUAUGUCAAUAAGUGCGUGGGGCAUGUAAUGAAAAUAAAAUUACUAUCAACGAGUUCUAUUGGCACAAUGGCGCACAGUCGAUUAUGGUCUAUGAUAAAUUCUAUUUCUCAGUGCGUUCUUGCAACUUUCUGGUAGGCGCGACGUGUACAACGUUAAAUCAAUUCGAAUAGAAAGGAGGGACAAAGAAAAUUGCUAUAGAGAUUCUUUUCGUGCACGUCGAAACUAAUGUGAGUCCCUUGUUGGGAAAGGGUUUAUAUAUAUACUUAUAUAGAUACAUACUUUUUGUGUACGUAUUUAUAUGUAUAUAUGUUUUAUAUUGAUAUGAAAAUUGUAAUGGUUAUAGUCAGCAGUCAGGCAAACCCAAGUACUUCCAGAAUUUAUUAUUAGGAUUUGACAAAAAAAAAUGCGGUACAAAGAAAUAUUUAGGAGAUCGUGAGAUUGCAUACGUACUUAGUUCUGUGUAUAUGCAUAUUAUAUAUACACACGCGUUUCCUUUCCUUCUCACUACUAUUACUACUGCUAUUGCGAUCACUACAUCUAUUUUUCUUUUUUUUUUUUUUAAGUGUAUACGCAGAGUUAUGUCGAAUAUUUUUUCGUUCGAUUAAACCUUGAUUUUCUUGAAUGCUCCUGGAGAAUGAUAGAAUGGCGCGGACGUUUCUUCUAUUCGCUGUUAUUAUUGGCUUUUAAUGAGUGCCUUAACGAACGAAGAUGAAAGAGAAAAUUGGGAAAACUAGGAGAGUAAGGAAAGAAGCCAUUUGAAACGUCGGGUUAUAUCGUGAAACGUUGUUUGUAAAGUUUCUCAUGAGAUUUUUAAAAGUUGCAAUGAAAAAGUUCUCAUGUAUCACUUUCCUUUUUUUGUUCUGUAAAAAUUAAAGUGGAGGAUCCACGAAAAUUUAUCCCUAAUUUACAUGGCGUCGACAAAGGGAGUGGCACUAAGUUUCCAGGAAAUUGAGAUAGAAACAAGAUUCGUUAUAUACGCAAAAUACAAAGAAUCUAUAUUCCUAUAUAUAUUUUUACUAUCGUCAAAUUUAACUUUUUGAGGGACUGAAAAAAAUGGUUGCUUUAUAUUUUUUUAUAGUUUUAUUUAUUGUCCUCUUUAAAGGAUUUUGUUUAAGUGUAUUUAUGAAGCGUCUUACGAACUAUUUGUCCAUGUGAAUUCAGCGAAAACGAAAAGCGUUCAGGCCCUUUUUAGUUCCCUAGGAAUUGAACUGAUUGAAUUUUAUUUUUUACUUUAUACAACGAACCGCAUCACGCAUGCGCAAAUCUGCAGACACACGUGUCUACAGAUUACAUACAUCCAUCGCAUUUAUUCCUGUUGCUCGAUAUCGUUUAUAAUUGAUAAAUAUAGAUAUUUAUAGUUAAGUAAACACCAGCAGAACAAAACAUUAAUUAUACAUGAAAGAAUCUCCUAGAAAAUGAUAUAUUACGUGUAAUAUUUUAAUGAUAAAAGGCACUUUGAUUCUAAAGAUUUCCUGUGUGAAACAUGAAAAAAGAAAACGAAAAAAUUUAGCAAAACCAACAACAAAAGAAAUUAAACGUCGUUAUAUAACUGUUGUUGCUAUCCGACACACAUUAAUAUAUACAUAAUGCAAAGGCAGAGACAUAAGACAAAAAUAUACUCGCUCGGCAAAAUGUUCUUGUAGGUUACAUCUUUUGUUUUUGUUUGUUAUCAUAUAUUUUUUACUUUAUUUAGUUAUAUUUAUACUUGUACCACAAUGCGUGCCCCGUCUUGUAAGUACAAUAAUUUGAUUCUCGUUAGUUUAAAAAACAAUGUUUCCUUUAUCAGGCCAGUUCUUAUAGCUUGGCAAGAGCGUUUCUGUACUUAGUGAAAUAAAGAUGGAGAAGUGAAAAGGAAAUUAUGCAAAAUUUAUCAACAAACUGAACAGUGGUUCCAAACCCUUUAAAUUAUAUGUAUUCGUUGCAUGGUUAAAACUGUUCUUUUUUUCUUUUCUAAUUACAAGCUUAGCAUUGAGGUAGCCUACGUUCAGUUGUUCCCAAUGCGUUGUUACUUCCAUUGGCUUAGAUAAUUAUGUAAUUUAAACGGCAAUCGACAAAAUGACCAAUUAGUCGAGCAAUUCAGUCAACGAGAUCUCAAUGUCAGGUACAAAUGAAAUCCUAUAAAUAUGCAGGGACACGAGUGUCUCGUGCGAAAAUAAAAAUUAUAAUUAUCGUCAAACCUUACAUGGCUGUUCUAUACUAUAUAAGAAAAUAUCUUCAUCAGAGGGUUAUUGGGGGUGUGGCAGGGAAGAGAUGGAAGCAAUAUUAAAUUUCUGAUGAACGAAAAGAAAUGUAUUGGAUGUGCGUUCGUGCAUACGGACUAUUACACACAAUAAACAGUGAAGUUCCAUAGGAAACAGAGAUUGAAUUUUUUUGUAGCUUUCCGGAAAUGAAAUUAUUGGGGAGAGCAAGGUAUUUGAAUUUGAAAGGAGGAAAAGUAAGUUGAAGAAAAAGAAAUUGAUAGUAAAAGCGGGGAGGGGAGGAAGAUAGACUGACGAAGUAAAGUAAAUUUAAAGGGUGCAAAGCUCCCUUACCGAAUUUGAAGAAACGCGCAGAUCAAACAAGGACCUGGGGUGCAAACGAGGGUAGUAAUCGCUGCACUGAUGAUAGUAAUGAAAAUAAUGGUACUGGUAGUGGUAGUCCUUGUUCACCUUUACGUUAAGGGUGUAGCUUUAGAAUUCGUAACAUCCCUUGCAUCCACUUAGUCAAGAAAUUGAAGCAUUUCUACGUGUCCUGGCUACGAUGUUAUUGUACUGGAGGAAAUUUAAAUCAACCCCUACGUCUGGGGUGAUAUACUACUGCCUUUCUUCCUCCCAUGCGUGCUUCUCACUUAGGGGUACAGUGCUCUGCCUCUGAUGUUCAUCCCCAUAAUAACUUACUUCCCCUCAAUUUGAGCAGUUUGUAAUCCUCCGCUUUUACCAACAGGCUAGACGUAAGCGUGGGGGAUUGGGCAAUCGUACGGAUGUAUGCGCAUGCGCAUUUGUACUGCCGCGAAAGAGUGGGGGGUCCGCCAUUAGUCAACAACAGUCUGAGAUCCAAACCCCCUAGUCGGGUCUUUGGGGGAUAUACUGGUGGGGCCAAUCCCUGCCGGGGGCCAGGGGACAAAAUCUGUGAAAUUGAAAAGAAAUUUUAACGACACGCACGAGAACACUUUCAAGUAGUGAUACGUGUGCUAUUGUUACUUCAUCCUUUAUUUCUUCUACCCCCUUGUCACUACUGUAAUAUUUCUAGGUACUUUUCGAUGCACGAGCGGAAUAUGUCGUCAGUAUUAUUAUCAUCGUUGAUAUUUGUUUUAAGUUUUUGGUUCUUUCGUUUUAUUACUGAAGGGAUGUUCAACCCUCUAAAACUUAUCCUGACGAUGAUACGGUGGAGUCUGUGUAGAAUUUAUUCCCACUUUACAUGGAUUAUGUAAGCAGCCCUUAUUUGUUUCAUAUGUAAUCGGACACGGGUUAAAAUUCUUGUUUCGGAUGGCAUCCGCUGCUAAAUUUAAAUAGGGGUUGGAAUAUUUUGUAGGGGUGACUUGGAGCACGGUACUCCACCUUAUACGCAUUGAAUAUUUAUAUGGUAAUGCAAUCAUUGUCAAUGCGGAUUACCAUAAUAAAAUUAUUCAAGACGGUAUUGCAGCGCCCUUAACAAUAUAUGAAAUUGUAUAUUGUUGGUCUCUUUAUUAUUAAUUUUCUAUAAGGCUUUAUUUUAUUUAUUUAUUCUCUGAAAUCGCAGGGUUUUGUACCUGUGUAGAUAAUAUAAAGGAUGGUUCAUACGCAUAACGCAUAUUACACAGUAGGUAUAUGCGUUAUUCUAAGACGUGCUAAAUAUAUAAGGGUCGCCCCACGAUCCAAGAUAGAACAGUCAGUGUUUGUAGGGGAUGAUUUAUUACUAUUAUUAUAUGUAUAAAAUUCCAAAGGAACAAGAUGGGUACCGCAGUAGGUAGUAUAUUUAUUAUCAACGUAAAAAUAAACACCCGUUAUAUUGCCGUUAAUAAAUACAGUCAUAGCAAACAAAAUUAUGAAAAAAAGAUAAUAGAAAAUGUUACGAAAAAAAAGUUCAUCCCUUUCAUUGGAUCAAAAUUUGUUGAGGGAACAAAUAAAGUGUAUUAACGUUACGCAAUGUAAUAUUCACCUGGGGGAAAAAUGGCUGGUAAUUAAAUAAAAUAUCUUGGAGCAAGGGUAAUCUUGAUUUUUGCCUGAUAAGAGAGAGAUAGGAUUUGUAACCUGUUAACAGAUUUACAAAUUUUUAAUGAGGAUCAUCCCCCUCUUUAUUACCUAAUAACGAGAGCUUAACUGAUUUUAUUAAAUUUGUUAUCGCUUUCGUUCCCCAUACUAUAGGCACUAAGAAAUUUUCCGUUAAUGAUUUCAAAUCUGAAAGUGAACCGUACAAACGGCUAAGGGGGCGAGUUUAAUAAUGUAUCGAAGCUCCUCAGGGUAUAUCAAGGGUGGAAGGAAGACGAUGAGCAGAGAAUCCACCCUCGCAUAAACAACUCUUAUCUAUAAAACUGUCUACGGAUCAACGCCCUUUGCACGUUCUCGCAAUUUCUUUAUUUUUCAUAAGAAUGCUGCCCUUUAUAUAAUACUAUAUAUUAAUAUUAAUCUAAGCGGAUCAAAUCAUACAUAUCAUCUCAUAAAGCAAUUUCGAAUUCUUUAUAGGCGGUUUGAAGAUCAGAGAGAAGGAAUUUGUAAGGAAUAAAUAAAUAAAAAUUAUACACGUACUUAUUAAGAUUCUUCUUCGGUACUGGUUACUCGUACUUUCUAUUUACUUGGAGAAUAUCUGAAAUUAAUUAUAAAAUAUGUAAAACCCAUAAAACGUUUAUAAAUACAGAGUUGCGAUAUGGUUUACGUUAAUUCAGUUUACUGAAACGCCCGAGUCUUCCAUGGUGGCGCCACUGUAUAUGCACACAUGCAUUUUUAGGAACGUGCAAGCUACGGCUUGUUGAAGGAUUCAGUAAGCGUUGAGCGGUCGUUGUGAAAGGAUUGGUGUACAUUGUGUUGUUUGGACCAAACAAUUUGUUCAUAACUGAUCGAUAAACAUAUCAAAGUUAACUAUAGGUACAGUCGGCGACUUAAGCUGUGUUAAUAAUUUGAUAAUUUUCAAUUAGUGUACGUUGGGUGCUGUUCAACAACGGGGAAUAAAGAUUGACAAUAAAUAAUUGUAUAAAUGGGUCGUCUGAAUAUAUUUCUUUCGUAAUAAUGUGGACACCUUUUGGUCUUUAUGGUGCAUUUAUUGUAAUGUGUUAACUGUGUGCUUUAAGGGAUGGAACUUGGGUUUGUUAUAUGGUUAAAUUUUUUCAUAGCGUAAAAUUGUAUUGACUACAAAGAAAAGUAAUUGACACUUGUUGCUUAAAAGAACUGUUUCCUUUUGUACGUUUCAUUGAAAUAAAUAGACAUUAUCUCGCAGUGGAGUAUAUCGUCUUAUGACGUACUAUGCAUUAAUGCUGCAGACUGUCUGUUACUCGUAAGCGACUUAAUUAACAAUCUAGAAGUAAAAUUAACGAGUGUUCUCUUAAUUAGUAAACUCUGCCACAAGUUCAAUAACACUGAAAAACGUAAGGUGUACCAGUCAACGUGAUUUAUUAACUACGAUGGUUUGUGUUAAGAGUAAAAUAGUGUUUUAUUUAAGUAAGUGACGUUCGUCGAAUCGUAAACAUUGCUAAGAACGUCGGAAAAGAUAGAUUUUUGAAAACAUUCGUAAUUGAGUGUAUAAAGGCGCGAGGCCAGAAAUUCAAAUCUCCCGCCAAAAUGUUUUUAAACCCACCGAAAGACUGAAGGAAGGAUUUCUCGUGUUGCCCAACAUAGUGAAGGUGACAAAAAGAACUAUAAACUCUAUUAAAGUUCACGACGUUUUAUCAAGUGCAAUUAAUCGACGCGAAGCGUCGUGACAAAUUGCUUCUGAAACAGCUUGAAAGCUCUUCUUAAUUACCAGCUUCACAGGUCCAGGACGUUCACGGUAGAAAACCAGCGAAGAGGAAGCGUCAACAUGGAAGAUUUUGAAUGUGUUUGGAGCUGACGGGAGUGGGGAGGAAGACGAGGAGUCAUUUUUGACAGCAGUUAAU